AGGCAGACUGCUCAGCACAAAGCACCUGUUGCCUCUCUGUCCGACUAUACCCGUCAAUCCGGACUGUACAGAUUCUACUGCACCCUCUGUGUGUGUGAAAAACCUGCUCUUGGAUAUUAGCCUGUCAUCAUACAAGGAGACUGAUCAUGGCUCUUUCUCUGUUCAGAAUGCUGACUGUCACUCUCACACUAUGUGUGGUCUUACAAGAGGGUAUUGGGCUGCCUUUAUCGGGUCAGUCUGAGUCUCCGGCCAAGUCUGCCCCACACCGUGUCAGAACCAAGCGCUGCUCCUGCAGCAACUGGAUGGACACAGAAUGUGUCUACUUCUGUCACCUGGAUAUAAUCUGGGUCAAUACUCCCAGUAAGAUCGCCCCCUAUGGUUUGGGAAGCCCCCUGUCUCGGCGCCGGCGCUCCGCCACUCGCUGUGAGUGCGCCCACCCUGACGACAAGACCUGCUCAGGGUUCUGCCACGACAGCUCUGAGAAUUCCAGCAUUUUGAAGGUCAGCCCUUUCGAAGAGAUGGGUGCCCGCUCAGACGUUAGCCACAAAACCUUUCUGACCUCCCUCAGAAAUGUGGUCAAAGCCAAUAUGACUGCUGCACGUCUGCCAGCUUCCUCAAGGAAGAAAUCCUCCAGAGCCAACAGACCCCACAUCAUGUAGAGGAGGAGCUGGAUGGAGGCGAGCAUGGAACAAAAUGACAGACUGUUCAUGGGGUCUGGUCUGGCCUGGUCUGGUCUGGUCUGGUCUGGUCUGGCCUGGCCUGGUCCUGCCUACCUGCCAGCCUGCUCCCUGGUCUGGUCUGGUACGGACUGGACAUCUGGACCUAAGCGGAGAAGGGCGUAAGGAUCUAAUCCUUGCAAGUGCCUGUGGAUAUUGAGCUCUAGACUGGGAGGGUGAUGACUAUUCUAAUUAAACGUGUGCAUGGCUUGUUAAGAGCCCUAAACAGUGGACCCCAACCAGUUCUCUGAGACUCUGCUGGACUGUUUAGGAAGGACUUUUAGUCCCACAUGCAGAAGAGUGUUCUGGGUGUAGAGCUCAUCGCCUAGCCUACUCUGAAUCAUCAUGUACAGACUGAUACAUUUAGCAAUAUUUUAUCCUUUUUUUUCUCUGUAUCAGAGGUUAAGUUUAUUGGUCUUCAGCAAAAAAUAUACUUGAAACUAUAAGAUCAGAUGUCACUAUGUUUGAGCUGGUCCAUGCAUCACUUAAAUAUAAUGAAGGGCAGAUCCUAAAAGAUCUUAUUUGUAAUACUCAUUUCAGCUAGGCUUUAUCCAUAAAUAUAUGUGGACCACACACAUACACACACACGCACACACAUGCAAACACACACACACAAUCUUACUGACACAAAAGAAAAGCAGGUCUAUUGUGAUGGCGGAAGUAUUUAUUGCGUAGCUACUGUUUAAUGUUUUGAUUGUAGAUAAGCCAGCAGGUUUCAAUAGCAUGAGCCCUGCCAAAAAUGCAGUAAUUGUUUUUUUCUCUCAACAAAAUGUCCUUUUAAUGCCUUAGUAACUACCCAUUGGGAAAUCAUGACAAUGUUACAAACCUCCAAAGGAAUUUGUUUAUUUACAAGCUGGGAUUGACAUCCCUCAAUCUUUGACCAAUAUGUGGCCUCAUAUGUGUCAGUGAACUGUUGAAGUUUUACUCAUGUUCAAUAUUCCAGUGCUGUAUUUAUUUGGGGGAUUUAGGUUUAUAAAAAUGCUGUAAUGUGUCCUCCGUAUAUGAAUGUUUACCAGUCAAAGACACUCGAAGAAAAAAAGAAAAAGUUUACCUUCACAUUCAGUUGCUCUGAAAAGAAACUAUAGAGAUGGUAUCAUUUUAAUUUAUUUAUUUAACUUAUUUGUAUGUAUAUAUAUAUAUAUAUAUAUAUAUAUAUUUAUUGUUGCGAGUUACUUCAUUAUUGUG